AUGAUCUUCAAGCGGACCCAGCGCUCGGAGAUCCUCAGCCUCAAGCGCUGCAAUGCCGAGGGCGAGGGCGGCGCCGGCGAGCGCCGUCCAAAGAGGCAGAGGGGUGACGACUUCUUCCCCGUCGAGCUGCUCGGCCACGUGCCGGCCUCCGGUAUCCCGUAUGCCGCCGCCGGGUUCCGCUGGUGCGAGGAGCCCGAGGUUGCAUCACCCGCCGGCGCUGCGCCGGCGCCCGCCGCUGCCGCCGCCACGCGCCCGCCUGUCGUCCGGACGUCGCGCGGGCGUGCCCAGGUGCUGCCCUCGCGGUUCAAUGACUCGGUGCUCAUCGACCCCUGGAAGAAGGAGAAGCCGGCCAAGCCGCCUGCACCGCCCAAGGUCGAGCAGCUCGUUCCCAAAAGCAAGCCGCUCUGCCGUAAAGGUGCAAUCCUGGAUAGGACUUCCGCAUUGUCAGAGGUGGAUGAGGAUGAGGAGGCACAGCGUUACCGAGUGUGCCAGAAUUUUGUUGCCUCCAGGAAGUACUCCAUGUCUCUGAGCGCGCUCACCUCCUUGCACAAUGAACCGUACAGCGGUUACCAUAGAAACGAGUCGAUGGAAGACGAAGAGGAAGAGGCAGAAGAGGACCUGCAGGCGCAGAAGGAGGACCUUCAUUGGAGCACAGAGUUUUUGUAUGGCGACAUUGUGUGGGCACGGCUGGGUAAGCGGCAACCAGCGUGGCCAGGAGUUGUGGUCGACCCAGCUCGGCAGGCAGCUGCCGAUGCAAUGCCGCCCCAGCCGCGUGGAGGUGCUGUGCUUUGUGUGAUGCUGUUUGGCUGGCGUGCAGAGUUCAGUGACGAGAAGAAGUAUGUCUGGGUGAGGCAAGGAGGGAUUUUUCCUUUUGUGGACUACAUUGACCAAUUUCAAGGGCAAGCAGAUUUGAGCAGUCUCAAACCUGGUGACUUCCAGAGGGCACUAGAAGAGGCCUUUUUGGCCGACCAGGGGUUCUCUGAAGUGCCAAUGGAUGACAGCACAGCAGGGCAGCCUGUUGUCUGUCAAUCUUGUCCAGACGAAUUAGAAGAAGUGACUGGUUCAAACGAGCUGGAGUGCCAGGCACAGAUUAAGCAUUAUACAAGUGAAUUGCAGUGUGAAAGUUGUGGAAAUUGCUUUCCAAACAAAGAGUCAAACAAGUUGGUUUAUGUGAUGGAGCAACUUGCUUGCAAACACUGUGCUAGGAUCUUGAGAUCAAAAGAGUACUGUGGGAUAUGCUUGAAAAGUUGGCAACAUAAAUGUGACCGAAGAUGGGUUUGCUGUCAUGGUUGUGAAAGUUGGAUUCAUGCAGAAUGUGACAAAAAGUGCAGCAACCUAAAGGAUCUACGAGACAAAAGUUACUUCUGCCUUUACUGUAGGGUUAAACGUAACUCAAAUCUGUCCAGCAAGAAGACAAACUCUCCUGAUGAUAGUAAAGAUAAUUCUGCACAGAAAGGAAGGAAGCCUGACAGAGUAGGGGUCAUCUGUUUUGACAUGGAAGGAACUUACCUACCAAAUCUCGAACUGAUUUCUUGCCAUUGUGCCCCUUGUAAGGGACAAAAGUUUCUGUUCAAUGAAUGGGAAAGGCACGCUGGCUGCAGAAGUAAAAAUUGGAAAUCUAGUAUUAAAAUGAAGGGAACACUUAUGCCAUUUGGAAAAUGGAUAGAUCAACAUCAACCAAGCGUGUGUUCCACAUAUCCUUCAAAGCGCUCCUCUCAGAAACUGAAAAAACAGCAGUUACUUGAUUUGUUAAAUGAACCUUAUGAUCAUGUACAAGUGAAAUGGACAACCGAAAGGUGUGCAGUCUGUAGAUGGGUUGAAGAUUGGGAUUACAAUAAGAUUGUGAUUUGUAACAGAUGCCAGAUAGCUGUUCAUCAGGAAUGCUAUGGUGUGAGCGGUAAGCAAGAUUUCACCUCGUGGAUUUGUAGGGCUUGUGAAACGCCUGAACAAAAGAGGGAUUGCUGCCUUUGCCCUGUGAAAGGUGGAGCGCUGAAGCCAACAAAUGUUGAUAACUUGUGGGUACAUGUCGCAUGUGCAUGGUUUCAGCCACAGGUGGCUUUUGCUAGUGAUGAGCUCAUGGAACCUGCUAUUGGGAUAUUGAGCAUGGCACCUCUGCUAUUUAUGAAGAUGUGCGUCAUAUGUAGGCAAAUACAUGGUGCUUGCACACAAUGCUACAGGUGCUCGACUUAUUACCAUGCCACCUGUGCAUCAAGGGCAGGCUAUCGAAUGGAGCUGCACUGCUUGGAAAAAAACGGCAAACAGACAACAAAGAUGAUUUCAUAUUGUGCUCAUCAUCGGAGACCUAAUCCUGAUAAUGUUUUGAUAAUUCAAACUCCUGCUGGAACUUUCUCUUCAAAAAGGCUUGUUCAGAGUAGUGGCACCAUAGCUGCUUCAAGACUGAUUAGGAAAGAUCUUCCCAAGGAUUCAGCAUCAGAAGUUGAAACUAUAGAGAAUUUAUGUUCUGCAAGAUGUCGAGUUUAUGUUAGGAAAGAACUGAAGAGAUCCCGGGAGGCAGCAAUGGCACACCGAGUAAGAGGAUAUUGUCAACACCGCUGGGAUGAAAUUGACAGUCUGAAUCCACGAAGGGAAGAGAGGGAUCCGGAAUCCUUUUCUACUUUUAAGGAGCGUCUACAUUAUCUUCAGAAAACGGAACAUAGCAGAGUAUGCUUUGGUAGGUCAGGAAUUCAUAGGUGGGGACUUUUUGCUCGUAGGGACAUUCAAGAAGGAGAAAUGGUUCUAGAGUACCGCGGUGAACAGGUCAGACGAAGUGUUGCGGACUUACGGGAAGCACAGUAUCAUGUACAGGGAAAAGAUUGUUAUCUUUUCAAAAUCAGCGAGGAAGUGGUUGUUGAUGCCACAGACAAAGGAAACGUGGCACGCCUGAUUAAUCAUUCUUGCACGCCAAACUUUUAUGCGAGGAUUAUGAGCGUGGGGCAUGAUCAGAGCCGCAUUGUUCUAAUUGCCAAGAGAAAUGUUUGUGCCGGUGAAGAGCUAACGUAUGAUUACCUGUUUGACCCUGAUGAGGCUGAUGAUUGCAAAGUUCCUUGCCUGUGCCAGACUGCUGACUGUCGGAAAUUCAUGAAUUAG